AUGAAGAAUCUGCUUCCAAGUCUGGCCUUGGGGGCUCUGCUUUUGGCUCCAGACGGAGUCAUAGCAGCAGCCUUCGACUCCCAGAUCCAACGAUGCCCACAGUCUUGCUCUAUCUCUGGUGCUCAGGUGAGUGACUGGACUUCUUACCAUUCGCUUGACCGCCUCGAUAUCUGUCUAUCCCCAGUCCUAUUCAGCUUCAACAUUCACAAUGACUUGGAUAAUCAUCAGGUUAUCAAAGCCUGUACCGCCGGCGACGCUUCAAGCAACGGCACUGUGUCUUCUACAUGCUCCUCUAUGACUUCUUUUUCCGAGAACUUGCGUUUGGCCUGGGACUCAAAAGACCCUGAUUCUGCUUCAUCUUCCGCGAUCUCUCAGGUCUUGCUCGCAUUGCAAAGCCAAGUCGAGAAUGAUCCCAGCUGUGGAAAUUCGACAAUACUGUUUGCCCAUUACGAGGGUUUUGUUGCCGCCUUGUACAUUGGUGCUGCCUUCGAUAGUCUCACAGCGACACGCAAUCUUAUAUCUCAGGUGUCCAGCAAUCAGGAAUCCAUUGCUGGCGGCACCUUCAGCGCUCAAGUUUGUGGAAGUACCCGAGAUGCAUCACGGACAAAUGGGUUGAUGAUAUCGGAGCAAAAUGAAUAUCGAACUGUUCAGUCAGCCGUACAAAGUUGGUCAAAUGCUACGUGCGUUGAGGAGUUCACCAACACCGAUGUUGUUAGCGACGUAAAAUUUCGACAGUCGCCCAGACAGAAUAUCACAACCAUCAAUGGUAAGAGAGUACAAAAGAGGGCCGAUGCUUGCUCUUACACGACUGUUGUUUCUGGGGAUGGUUGCGCUAGCCUGGCCUCCAGAUGUGGUAUCACUGCUGCUCAGCUGUCCACAUACAAUCCAAGCUCGACACUUUGCUCUUCCUUGGCCGUUGGUGAAAUCAUUUGCUGCAGUGAAGGUUCAGUACCAGACCUGUCACCUCAGCCCUCUUCAGAUGGAACUUGCUACAGCUACACUGUCAAGAGUGGUGAUGACUGCCCCGACCUCGCGACAACUUGGCACACCACUCAAGACAAAAUUGAGAGCUACAACAAAGACACCUGGGGCUGGAUGGGAUGUGCUAAUCUACAAGCAGAAUCUACUAUCUGUUUGAGCUCUGGAGAACCCCCAAUGCCAGGGGGUCUUGACUUACGAAUCCAGAUAAGAACGGGGAGAUCCCGCGCACUUAGUGACGCGAAAACGUUCAGGUAUAAGCAAUCCUCGUCACCUAAGUCCGAGUUAAAUCCAUAG